AUGCGCAAAGUCACAACAGGUGCUGCUGAGACGCCAGUGUCAGCCCAGGAAUCCAUGAUGAUACCUAUCGAAGACGAGAGUUCAGUGGAAGCCUCCCCUAGGUACAGAUCGGAGAGCCUGGCUAUACACUCACAGCAGCGCCUUGAAGAAGAGGCGCAAAGCUUGGAAAGUCAACCCAUCACAUCCCAAGAUAUUCGAAAGAAUCAGCAAAUCCCCAGAAUCAAUCGUGGUGUCGGGCACACUGCCAUCGGUGAUUGUGGCGAUCCAUCUUCGCAAUUGCCUGGGCACACCAACUACCCGAUCCCAGCGAAUAAAUUCGUACAUCGUGCGACACACUUUUAUUUGAAGUACUAUUCUCCAGUUGCUACUCAACGGCCUCACCACUACGGCGUAGGACAAGAUUCGAAACUUCUGAAAGACUACAUUCCUUACAUUCUCAGCGACAAGAUGAUAUUUUGCGCGAUGGUUGCCAUGUCAUCCACGGCUAUCAACAUAGCUGCGACUGGUGAUCGUGCGCGGACCCCGGAGACAUUGGGAUUUUAUCAAUAUGCUGUUUCACUACUGAGGCAAAGACUGGCAGCUGAAGGAAAUCAACCGAGUGAUGCAGUUAUAGUCACACUUAGCAGUUUGUGCGGUUGUGACGCGAUGUCCACAAACUACGAAGUGCUUGACCUGCACACGAGAGCAAUAAAGCGCGUUGUUGCAUUACGGGGGGGCCCUGAUAGACUGGGGUUUGAUGGUUACUUGAAAAUGAUUGUCACAGGCUCGCAAACGUUUUACAACGCUCGCCAUUCUAAUAUUCUAGACAACGAGGGACUCUUUCCAAAGAUCGGCAAGCUCACGUUCCCUGUCCACCCCUUUGACCCGUCCUUGUGCAAGGCGAUCUCGAAGCUCCCACCAGGUAUUUCUGAGAUGUGCCUGUCAGGGUUGCUAAGCCACCAAAUCAUGUCGCUAGUUGGACGCAUCACCAGGUGGAGUCGGAAUAUGAUUGAAGCUUUCAAGGAGGCUGAUAUGUACAGACUUCACCGUCUAUCGACAAACUCUGCCAAUGUCACACUUUGUGGCGAAUUUCUCCACCGAGAAGAUGUCUCACUCACCGAGCAGCUUCUCGUUCUCGCACUGAUAUGCUUUUGUUAUAGUCUCGAUGCGACCCGCGCCAUGUUCUGGAUCACCAAUGCGUAUCUACAGAUCCGUUGCCGUCAUCUCAACAACAGUCAUAUCGAGGUGACUGCAUCGACAGAGUCACACAUGGCCUGGAUUGGAGCCACUCUCGUCGCAACGUUCGAACUGGACAGUCCAGCAUUUCUGCUAGGCGUCUCACUGACCAAUGCACGGAAGAAGAGCAUAGACUGGCAAGCAAACGUCAGACUCUGUGAGCAGUACUUCUGGAAUGAUGCAUUAUCGCUCAAAUUGGCGGCCAAGAUCGAAUACCUCACUGGGAGAAGGGCACCUAUUGAAACAUAA